CUUUCUCUUCCAACACAACAAUAACGUUAACAUUCUCUUCUUCUCUCUAUCCUCUCUUUCUCUGCAAAUUCUCAUCGUUAUCAUUGUCAUUGUUUAAUUUCAUUUCAUUCUUUUUCUUUUGAUUAUUAUUACGAUGGCUGAAACAAACAACACUCACCACAUUGUUGAAAUCCCAGUAGACCAAGAACAUCAUGAAAACAACAACAACAACAAAGCUUUGUUAUGUUCUAACAUGUUUGAUGCAAUCGACGACCACCCAUUAACCGAAAUCUCCGAAUCACCCGGGCACCUCUUACUCUUAAAGCUUUGGCAAAGAGAAGAAAAUCUCUUCGCCAAACGCAUUUCAAGAAAAGAAACAAGAAUGGAUUCAAUCAAAUCAGAACUUUUUCAACUCACUUCAUUCUUCUUCAUCUUCCAUGGCUUUUUCCUAACACUCCUUUUCACUUCAUGGCAAAAAACCCAAAUGAAUGGUGGUAGUGGUGGAAGUUGUAAGAUAUGGUGGAUACCAUCAUUGAUUUCACUUUCAACUUCACUUGUGUUUGUGUUUUUGGUUCAAGUGAAAUUGGUUAGGUAUUGGAAAGUGUGGGAACGGUUACAAAGGGAGAGGAAUGAUAGUAGAGGUGUUGGGAGGUGUAUUCAGGAAUUAAGGAUGAAAGGGGCUAGUUUUGAUUUGUCUAAAGAGUUGCAAGUGAAUGGGAAAAGGAUGAAGAGUUCGAGUGUUGAGAUUAAAUGGAAAGUGGUUACUUGGUUUAAUCGUUAUUUGCUUACUGUUUCUCUUGUUUGUUUUACAGGCUUGGCUUUUCCUGCUUCCAAGUUUGUUCUAUGUGGUUUGUGAUUGAAGAUUAUGAUGAUGUUUGGAUUUGUUUAUUGUUAAUGAUGAGCCUCUCUGCCAAAGGAAUGAAGCAAUGUUGGUCCGAUUGAUUUACUGCACUUGGCUCGGCUCAAUUGUUGAUGAAGAUUAGACCGUUGAGAGAUCACGAUCUAGCUAGUGCUGGCGAAGACGGGAAUUGUUGAUUUAGAUCAAUGGACUUUGGAUCAUGGCUCAGCUCAUCCCUCUUUACCUAAUCAACAAGCAUAUCAUGCUUCUUAAGUUCGUUAUAACUAACUUGCUCCUUUUGUAUUGGCUAUAUAUAUAAAGCCUUGUGAUGAGUAGAUUUAAGGGAGUUAAGUGGAUGAAUUCUGAUCAAACUUUUUAGCUAGAAUUGAGUGCACAUAUCAGGAGACGAAAAUUCAAUUUGUGAGAGAUGGCAUUGCUAGAUUCUUUGACGGAUGAUCCUUGUAAUUUCUCUUAACGUAUAGUGAUAUUCAAGUCGGAUCCUGUCCCCCAGAUGUAGGAGUUUUACUCUGAACUGGGUUACCAAAUUCUUGUGUUCAUUCUUCAUUUUCUUUCGUUUAUGUGCCUGCCUUUCUUCAACAAAUGAAUUGCAUUUUUCAA